AAUGUUCCUGCCGAACAAGGCCUCAACCAGCUGGUCCGCACCUGCUGUCUCUCCCGCGCGUGGCGCCGCCGGUGGGAGUCUGUGCCCUUCCUCCACGUCGAGCUGCCCCCGGGAUCCUCCUCACGCGUCCUCUGGCAGUGCGCGGCGCCCGUCCAAGGCUUCCGCGCCGACGCCUACGUCCGCAUCCGCAGGCGCGAUAUCUACCGCGCCGCCCGCUGGCUCCGCGCCUUGGCGCGGAGGCGCGUCCGGGAGCUCAUCCUGCACUUCGAGCCCUCCUCCUUGUUCAGCAGACCGCGCUGCUUCCUCGGCCCCGCCAUCUUCUCCUGCGCCGCGCUCGUCCGCCUCCACCUCGAGGACUGCCACAUGCCGCCCGCGCCACGGGGCUUCUCGGGCUCCCCGAACUCAUGGCUCACACUCGACAACGUCAUCCUCCCGUUCGACGGUGGCGGCGCGCAGCUGGAACGCCUCAUCGCCGCGGCGACGCGCCUCGCCGUGCUCGAGUUGCCCGCCGUGUUUACCACUGGCAUCCACGACCACGGCGACGUGGACACGUGGGCCAUCCGGGCGCCCAACCUCCGGGAACUACUGAUCAUCGUGCCAAGCGCUUAUGAGGGCAUUCGGUUGGAAAUGCCGUUCCCGCUGCUGGAGAAGGCGUACAUCACAAUCGAUUGCCUAUUCGGGACCCAAGAUUUCCUCGACGCUUUCCGACGGAUUGCUACUGUCGAUGAGCUUUGUUUCGUCAGUGAUCUGUCAAACAAUAAUCUGCUUGAGGGGAUUACCUGGAAGUUUGAGAAUCUGACGGAAACCCACCUGAACAUAAAUUUUGGCAACCACUCAAGUGUUCUAUCAUUAGUUUCUUUGCUAGAGUUUGCUCCGCACAUCGAACACCUUCACAUUAUGGUAACAUUAGAUUCGCACCUUGAUAUGCUGCAAUAUAAAGACGAUUCUUGGUCAAUUGAUUUAAUUAACUCUGAUACAGAAUGGCCAGAGGAAGAUAAGAUUGAUGAGGGCUAUCUAAAUUCAGAGAUAAGGGGUGACUUGUUUGCAAGCCUGAAAUAUGUGACCCUGAGUGGUGUCAAGUACUUCUCAAAUCAAAUGAGUUUUAUGAAGUUCGUACUGUCGAAAGCAGGAUCCCUUCAAACAUUUGCUGUCACUUUUGUCUAUGAUGACGAAAGGAGCGAAUGGUACAAAAAGGCAUGCAGGGAGUUAAGACAAUGCAAAAAGGCAUCAAGGCAAGUCAUGUUUCUUCCAAAGCUUAAGAGACAAAGCCACGACACCGACAACAAACGGCUUGUAAGUAUUUUCAGACGUCCUGUCCUUUCGAUACUGCCUUCGUAUUACGGAAGAAUUACUUGCGAACUUGGUACUGUUUAGACUCCAGAUGUUGUUCUUGUGCAAACAGCUGCUUGUUUCCUUCUGGAGGCAGAGUGUUGUACAUAACCGUGUGUCAAUGAAUUACCAGACCUUUUUUUUUUUGGAAAAAGGAACACAAUGAUUUUGUGACAGGCUGACACUGAUAUAGCAGAGCGGUAUUUCUGAAUG